AUGGGGACCAAGGUAGGCGGAGAGGACAGGCAGGGCUGCAGAUCUGCGUCGCUACCACUGGCGGCCGUGAGGGAUGCUCGAAUGUUUACAGAGUACGAUGGCUGCUGCCGCCUCAGUGGCGCAACCUGCUCAAGUGUCGCGUUCCCCUGGCCUCACCACAGUCCUACUAGACCCCCAGUACAGUUCUGUUCUCGUCCCUAUGGUAGAAAUCCCUGUGUCCCCAACAGGACUGGGCUUAUUCUCAUGACUACUAAAGCACUUACGGAUUGUUCACAGGGCUGUGUGACUUUUGAAGACGUGGCUGUGUACUUCUGCCAGGGAGUAGAGCUCCUGGAUGAAGCUCAGAGGCUACUGUAUCUCACUGUGAUGCUGGAGAACUUUGCACUUAUAACCUCACUGGUUCAGGAAUAUCAAAUGGAAGAGCUGCAUAAGCAAAGCUCUGGUCAGAUGGCCAGCAAGAUCGUUCAGCAGAUAAAGACAUCUGUGACCAAAAAUCCUUCUGUAGUGAGUGUUUGUGUAGAAAUGCCACAAGCCAGGACUCCAGAGGAAACUCUACUCACUGGGAAGACUCACCCCUGUGACAUCUGUGUUCCUUUCUUGACAGACAUUUUGCAUCUGGAUGACCUACCUGGACAAAAUCUGUUCUUUGUAGAGGCAUGUUCAAUCCUCCAGGGUCAAAAGAACCAUAGUGCCAAGAAUCCAUUAAAGGGAGAUGUAGACAGUGACUCUCUUAUGAAAAACUGCAUGCUCCAUGUGUCAGGGAAUCCCUUCAUCUACUGGAAAAUUAGAAAGGACUUCUCAGCUAAAUGGGAUAGUCUCCAGUCCCUGAACAGCUCCAAAGAUGAGAAGCUAAGUGAAAUCACCAAGUCUGUGGAGGCUAAUAGAAAAAGUCACUUUAAGUCACAAUAAUUCAGAAAACCUUCCAUCUACAAACUCAAGCUUGUUCAGCACCCAAGGGGAUGCACUGGAAAAAUAGAUUUUGAGCCUAGCAAAUACAGACAAGCCUUACAAGAUAAAUACUCACUUGUGCCAUCCCAGAGAGUUCCCACUGAAGAAAGACCUUAUAAGUGUAGGGAAUGUAGAAAAUCUUUUAGCCAAAAGGCUACACUUGCUAUACACCAGGGACUUCAUACUGGAGAAAAACCAUACAAAUGUGGCGAAUGUGGGAAGUCGUUCAGUCAGAGCUGCAACCUCAUUGAACACUGUAGAAUUCACAGUGGAGAAAGGCCAUAUGAGUGUGGAGAGUGUAGGAAAGCCUUUGGAUGCAAAUCCAAUCUUGUCCGACAUCAGAGAACUCACAGAGGGGAGAAGCCAUAUGAAUGUGACAAAUGUGGGAAAUGGUUUAGGCAAAGCUUCGGCCUCGUUGAACACCAGCGACUUCACACCACAGUGAGGCCAUAUGAGUGCAACCAGUGUAAGAAGUCCUUUAGUCAGCAAGCCACUCUCAUUAUCCAUCAGAGCGUUCACACUGGAGAAAGGCCAUACAAGUGUGGAGAAUGUGGAAAAUCCUUCAGCCAGGGUUCGAACCUUAUCGAACACUGCCGAAUUCAUACUGGAGAAAAGCCUUAUGAGUGUGGGGAGUGUGGGAAAUCCUUUAGCCAAAGAGCUACCCUCAUUAGACACCAGAGAAUUCACACUGGAGAAAGGCCUCAUGAGUGUAGGGAAUGUGGUAAGUUCUUUAGGCAAAACUUCAGCCUCAUCGAACACCGUAGAAUUCACACUACAACAAAAACUUAUGAGUGUGGCCAGUGUGGGAAAUCUUUUAGCCAAAGAGCUACUAUCAGACAUCAGUGAGUUCACACUAGAGAAAGGCCUUAUGACUGUGAGGAAUGUGGGAAAACCUUUGGGUACAAAUCCAAACUUGAUCGACAUCAGAGAACUCACACUGGAGAAAGGCCCUAUAAGUGUGCUGAAUGUGGGAAAUUCUUCAGGCAAAGCUACAGUCUUGUUGAACACCAGAGAAUACAUACCAGAGCUAGGCCUUAUGAGUGUGGCCAGUGUGGAAAGUCCUUUAACCGCAGGGCUGCCUUUAUUAAACAGAGAGUUCACACUGGGGAAAGGCCUUAUACAUGUGGUGAAUGUGGGAAAUCCUUCAGUCGAAGCACCAGUCUUAUUCGACAUUGCAGAAUUCACACUGGGGAAAGGCCCUAUGAGUGUGACCAGUGUAGGAAAUCAUUUAGGCAAAAGUCUGUCCUCAUUCAACACCAAAUAGUCCACACUGGAGAAAGGCCUUAUGAAUGCACUAAGUGUGGUAAAUCUUUUAGCCAGCGCUCAAGUUUCUUUCAACACCAAAAAGGUCAUGGCAUGGGGAAUACUCAGGAAGGCAGCAAAUGUGGCAAACUCCUUAACCCUGUGUCUAACAAAGCUCCUAAAAGUCCACAUUUUAGAAAGACCUCGGAGCAACAGGUAAUGUAAUCUUUUGCUCUUAACAGAUGAGCUGAAUAUUUUGGGUUUUUGUUGUUUGCUUGUUUGAGACAGGAUCUCCCUAAGUAGUUCUGGCUGUCUUAGAAAUUACUAUGUAGAGCAGGUUGGCCUCAGACUCACAAUGACCCAUCUGCCUCUGCCUCCCAAGUGCUGGGAUUAGAGGCAUGUGCCACCACACCCAGCUAAGAUGGUUUGAACUUUUUUGAGCAUGCCAUCUGCCAACAUGUAAACCCCACCAUAAACAUGUGGGUCUAAAGGGUCCCAUGCCUUCCAGGUAGUGUGAUGCAUAUGGAAGCUGCCCUUCAGCAGUCCUUGAUAGUUCUCCUUGCCCAAAUUAAAUCACUGCCACAUUAUUUCAUUGAAAGAGCGUCCCCUCUUAGCACCUUUACCAUAUGUGAACAUGUACCUCCAACAUGCCUGGGCUUCCCUAGAGGAAAUUAUCAGUGCCCUGCACCUUAGGGGUGACAUAUUUCCUUUUCUGACUGACUGACUGUAUGUGAGCCUGUAAUUUGGUUACUAAGGAGACUUCUGGGCAAAGGCUUCCUUUAAAUUCAUGGUCUAAUGUUACCCUUUGUAGUUGAGAUAGACUUUAUUCCCUUUUCUGACUGAAUAUACAUGUCCAUUUGAUACUUACACACUUCAACUCACUAAGUAGUCACAUCCUCUGUGGUAUUGUUCUGCUUUGUGCAAUAGAACAGGCCUUGUUCUCUCAUGUACUUUUAAUCAAGGGGUAUGGUUUGUCUCCCUUGAUGAGCAGAAUUCUAACAUAGGCCCAGUUUGUGCGAAAAGCAGGACAGUUCUUUAUGAAGCCCCCACUGUGUGUGCCACAGUAGACACACUGAGAGCAGUUCUCUCUCAGUGGUGUUUAGUUUACAAUGGUAGCCCAGUAACUACUAGCAUUGCUCCCACUGUAGGGAAGCAAGGCUUCCUGGACCUUGGCUUUUGUGGCCUAGGUGUCUUUAAUGUUACUGCUCCCCUCCUCCCCCGCA